AUGUCAAAUCUUUCUUCAAUAUUUAUUCCGAAAUUUGUAGAAUCAAUAUAUUCGAAUGUUUUUCAAGAUUGCACUAAUCUUGGAAAUAUAACAAUUGAUCCAGAAAAUGAAAAUUAUAAAAGUGAUACUCAUGCAAUUUAUACAGGAGCAGAUAAUUCGACACUAUUUUUAGUUGGCGCUGCAUAUACAGGUGAGUACACUGUUGCUAAUUAUGUUACAAAAAUUUAUGAAUAUUGUUUUACUGAUUCAAAAAUUUCAUCCAUCAAACUUCACAAUGGUAUUACAACUAUUCAACAAUAUGCAUUCUAUGCUUGUAAAUCAUUAUCAAAUAUUACAAUCCCAGAAGGUGUAAAAUCUAUUGGAUAUAAUGCACUUGAAUAUUGUGGAUCAUUAACAACUGUAUUUAUUAAUGGAAAUAUAUCAUCAAUUGAAAGCUAUUUAUUUAGUGAAUGCAAAUCAAUUUCAAGUAUUUCAAUUCCAGAAAGUGUCACAAAAAUCGGAAGAAAUGCAUUUUUUAGAUGUUCAUCAUUAACAAACAUUUCAUUACCUUCAAGCCUUCAAUUUAUUUUUGAUAGCGCAUUUAGUAGUAUAUGUGGAAGGGUUGUGUGA